AUAAUUCGAAUACUUACGUAAUCGAUACUUAUUUAAUUACUGUACUUGUUCAAAUAUAUUUAAUAGUCGUAAAUAUUAAAAUCAUCAAACUGGAAAGAAUUUAUCGAUUUUUGUUAUUCUUUAAUUGUAUAAAGCUAAAUUUGCAGGCGUAUUGUUGUUCAAGUGUAAUUAUAGAUCAAGAUUAAAGAGAACACAAUUUUUAAAAAAAAAGACCUUUUUUGCUGAAUUAAGUUUUAAUUUAUUUUUGAACAAACAUGAUGAUCAAAAAGGAUACUUCGAAGUAGCUGUACUUCAUUUUAGUUGUCCUGUGAGAGUGAGACCGGAAGCGUCGGUCUCCUUUUCAAACGUAACCGCACCGUCAAGUCGGCAGUUCUUCAGCAGCCUCGAAAUGGCUGGAAUGUGUUUUUGGAUUUCAGUUUUGAAUUUUCUUAUACUGUUCGUCAUUGGACCAUUAAUAUGAUCUCUCGGACAUUUGACUCGUUUGAAGCACUUUAGAGUUUAGCGCAAAGUUUAUAUAUAGUUGGAUGAAAUUUGGAACGGUGGAAGAUUUCCCAGCGCCGCUGAGAAACAUUCUCGUUUUUUGACUUCGAAUCGGUUCCAACUGGAAGAAACGUCCGCAACAACCAACAACGACACACAGCGACAGGACUCUUGCGAAUCUUACCAGUCUGUUGAAGUCUCUUGGUCCUUCGACUGUAUCACUUUCCACGCUCGAAUUCCUAAGUUAUUAUUGUAUGCCUGCAGUGUUGCGGGGUCCUCAGCGAAAGAAACGUACAAAGUCUGGAAGAGGACCGAUUUUACAGUUUGUAAAAUCAAGGAGCCCAGACGGAUAUUCCCCGGAGGCUGCAUUACCUUGCUCCGUUGUGUUGUUCAUUACUGUAACCCGUAGCAUAGUCCGACGAUGAGCCACACCAUCCUGCUGCUGCAGACGACGAGCAAUCCGGCCAGUCGGACGUACUGCGACUACGAGACGGAGGAUGACUGUCUGGAAGGAAUCUGUCGCAUCUUCGAGCUGAACCUGCGCAAGUCCAUGCCGGGCGAGGGCUCCAUCACCUACGACAUCCGCGAUCUCUACGAGUUCCUCGACCGUCUGGAGGACAUCAGCAUCAUGGUCUCGCAGGCCGCCAACGGCUCCCCGCUCUACAUGCCGCGCGGCAAGCAGUUCAUCAAGGAGGCCAUCUACGAGCUCCUCCUCCGCCAUCGCAACAACCCAAACAAAUAAACUGAACACCAGACCUAAACCAAUGCGGGAGAUCGCUGGAUGGAUGCGAAUGGAAUCGUGGGCUGAUCUGUUUGAUGAGGCGUAACCAAUUCUUUUUUAUCUUGUUUAUUUAAGAUGCUUUUCUACUUGCAUUGACGAUCUGCAUUGCGAUAUUGUUCAAAGUUCAACACUACUGGAGCAACCCGAAUAAUAAGGAUUCUGGCGACGAGCGCCUAAAAGCUAAAACGCUCUGAUUGCCAGUAAGAACGAACAAAUCGAAGUAAAGCAAAAUAUUAAAACCUAACACUGUGAAACUGUUUACGGGCAGGUCUUGUGAU